AUGGAGCUCGACGAUACAUGGGAUCCUGAUCCCUUGCCAAGUUGCAGUUCUAGGAAUCAAUCUCAGCCUCGAUUCAAAAAAGAAAAGGCUCAUCACUCACAAGAGCAACCGGAACCACAACCUCAAUACUACCAGCAAUCAAAAACUCCUAAUUCACAACAUAGAGACGAUGAAAGCUCAUCGGAUGAACACCCUGUCGUCUUGCAACAACCACAGACCAACCAUAAAAGAGUGAUAAGUCCCGCUCAACCUGCACAGGACAGAAGGAAGCGACAUCAGAGUGAGCACCCAAGUCGCAUUGAACGUGGCCGCACAACAAACGUAGAGGAGGUUGUAUAUGAUCACAUCUCGGCGAUCUCGCGGUCUCGCAAUAAGUCUGUUGCCCGCAAUGAUGCUCGAUAUAAGGUCAGGACAAAUCAUGUAUUCGAAGGGUACCAAAAUGUCGAGAAUUCCGUGGCAGUUAGUAAACAGUCGACCGCCCGUAGCCGCUCACGUGCAAGAGACUUAUACGAGGAUCAAGGUUAUGCUAUAAUGGAGAAUUACAACCAGCAGUUUGACAGACAACAAGGCGUAUUUUCACCGCAGAAUAAUGCUCAAACUAAGAGGCGCAUGAAGGAGGAGCCAAACCUACCUGGUAGAGGCCGCAAAGAAACUUCCAGAGUCAAUAAAGAAUCAGUCGGUACACCCAAGCAAAGGCAACGUCAUGGUCAAUCUCGUGCACAGAGCCUAGCCCCACGAAUCUCCAACGACAAUAGCGAUAUUCAAUAUCUGGGUACUGGAAAUGGUACGUACAGUGUCAGGGCCCAGAGACAGGAGAAAGAGAACCAACUUCGCUCGCCAUUAUGGUCAAGCCAUGAUUUUGCUGUACCCAAACCUUCCUCUGCGAACAGAUUGCAAGGGAGAAUUGACAAGCCUAACUCGAUGAAGCCACCUCCCCAUACGCCAAAGAAUCAGUCGGGGAGAGUUAGAUCCGUUGCGUCUGAUAGCAUACAGAAGAAUUCAAGUCAAGCCCGAACGAUCGAUUAUGGUCCUAUUGAUGAUGACGAUGUCUACGAGACACCAUUGGAAAAUGAUCUUCGUCGUAGAUCCAAGUCUCACUCUAGUGUAUUUCGAAGAAAGAAUCUCGAAGUCGCAGAGCAGGUUCAUCAAAUUCCAUCCAGUGAUUCAAAUAGAUCUAACAAUUCGGGGGUCACUAUUGAUCUCGUUACUCCAGAAAGUACUCUUUGUGCCCGCAGUUCAAUGCCUUUUAUACCUCAGCACUGGACUCCAACGAGAAGGGGCCCGAUCAGGGUAUCGGCACCCGUGAAACUCUCUGAUCAGGAUGAACUUGGCGCUCAAAGUGAACAACAACCUGGUCAGAAUACUCAUCAGCACCAAGCCAUUGAAUCUAGCCCUAACAAGGGAGAGCAACCUGAAGAAAAUGUUCGUCAACAACAAGCAGCUAAGAAGAUCAUCCGACAAGAACUCAAUGCUAAUAAGAAGGCUUUGCAAGAAGAAUUAUUCGAGAAGUUAUUGGCGAAACUGUGGAAGAAAAGAGAGAGCAUGAGGAAGCUAAACGUUUGGAGGCUCAGAGAUUGCGAGAAGAGAAAGAGAAGCAAGAUCUCAUUGAUGCCGAGAGGAAGCGAAAGAAGAAUGAAGCAAGAAUCAAGAAAGAGAGCGAGAGGAAAGCGGCUGAGCAGGCCGAGAAGGAGAAAAGAGGAGCAACAGAAUGCAGAUGAGAGACGUAAGGCUGCAAAUAAGUUACUACAAGAGAAGAGAGAAAAGGAUUUGGCUGUGGCCAAAGCUGCCGAGGAAAAAGCCCAAGCUGCAGAAAGGAAAGGAAAGAAAAUGAUGCUAAGUUUGAGCAAAUUGAAACGACAAUUGGAAAAGCUUGAGGCGCAAGUCAAAGCAAAAUCGAUCGCGGAUUUGAGCCUGCGAGAAGUCUACGACUUCACGCCUUCGACAAGUAUGGAAGUUGAUAAUGAAGGUUCAUUACCCACUCCACAGACCCAAAUAACACCUGUGGAUGAUGCUUCAAACACAGAAAAGACUUCACCUCCUCAGGCCACACUUCCAACAAACACCGAAGUCGAGGAUGAAGAUUCACUUUUCGUUUCCGACAAUCGAAAGGCAGUCGUGGAAACCACUCCAGAACAGCAAAUUUCGAGUGGUCUUCAAAGUACCACAGGAAGCUUUAGUAGUGACUCGACAAUUGUUCAAUCCUUAGAACAUGAUCGACCUCCUGCCAGUAUGACUGAGAUCUUUGCCAAAACAAUUCUCAAUCCAAGUGGUGACAAAACUCUUGAAGAUAGAGAUGCUGAGCAGCAAAACGAGAGUGCAGCUGGCAAGCAAAAACGAGCCAAGUCCAUCCCUGCGGAGCCAAACCCUGAAACGGUUGCUCAUAAAGCUGCUACGCAGGCAACUCCUAAAACCAGAAACGCGUUUGAUUUCGCAAGCAGAGCGAGAGGAAAUGAAGCUAAUCGCCAAAGAGUCCAGGCUGCGGCACAGGCUCGGAAGGAAAAUUCGAACAGAGCCAGAUUGGAGGAGAAAAAAGCUGCAUCUGCGAAAAAGAUAACAGUUGAAUAUCGCAAGAAGAAAGAAAAAGAACUGAUUGAAGAAGCUCGUAAAGAAGGCAGAAUUAUAGGUGAUUCUGAGCUGGAAGCUAGGCUUAACAAAUUAAUGGAGAAGCGAGAGCGCGAGAUGCAGCGAAAAAGAAAUCCCAGUGAAGAACUGGAACCACUUUUCGACUCGGACGAGUCAGAAGAGUCUGAAGAGGAUCCGAUUGAUGAUGAAACUCUGGAAAUGAUAAUGCAACACAAUCGAAAAAAUAAUGCUCUUGCUGAGGCUACAAAGGCUGAGAUUGCUUUCGAGAAAGAAAUGAGAGAUCAUUUGGAAAAAGAUCCAGAUGUCGAAGAAGAGUCUCAGAAGCAAACUGCUACACUCAACCCCGAUGAACAUAAUGCGCAGAUUGUCCCACCAAUGCCAAAUAUGACGAGAUACUUUGAGGGGCAAUCCGCUCCACGAUCCUCUAGUGGUCUAGAAACCCAAUCAACGUUACUUUCAGCGCCGAGUCAAAUGGCCAGAACAUUGUCUGCCAAGUCCCAAGAGCCCACGCUUGUCAACGAAUACAGAACCAAAAUGUUCAGACAACAGGAGAUUCUGGAGAAGUGGAAUUCCGACCGUACGUAUCAUGGCCAAGUCAUUCACGACGAAGAGAAGAUUACCAAGGUCUUUGUCACAUUUAAGCCGAUGAAAACCGAAGAUAUUGACAGAUACGAUCCAACACUGUUACGCCCGAUGUUUGCCAAUAAAUACUACACGAUCCGAUUCGAGAAGGUCGUUGAGGAAAUUGACCCUGAAACUCAAAAAGUCUGUAUGACAUACCAUACUGCUGGAUUUGCGGACUCGAGCAAACUGUACACGGUUUUGGAAAUGGCGAAUCAUGCUGCUGCCGAAUACCUCGCCAAGGAAGUCAAACCCAAAGAAGAGGAGUAUCAUACUAUGUAUAUGGAAGAGCUGCUCCCACAAUUGAGGACACACAGAGACUCUUGCAACGAAACGGGUUCGGUGUUUUAUUGCUCGCUAGAGGAUGAUUCGGCCCCUUGGGCUGAUUUCAAAUCCUUCGAGGUCAAUGUGGAAUUGUCCAGCACUGAGGGCCCAAUAAAUUAAUCGCGGUAGCAGUAAAUUCGCUUUCCUCGGGAUCUUCUAUCGUGAAUAUAAAUUGCUUACUGAAACGAUUAUCAUCUUUCAGUUUCUUACCACCACACAAUCUUUAUUUUUAUUAAACCACGUUCUUUAAUUUCACCGCCAAACACGCACAUCUCCAGAUACUUACAAACACCCGUUUCAACAUCACAUACAUUCACUACAAAUAAUAUCGACCAUUUCAUCAACACCUCCACAUUUCAUAUCAUCCUUGAUAUAACAUCAGAUUCAAUCCAUGCUUCGCACCAAAAUCAUCAUAACAUUAUUAUUUCAGUGCAUCAAACUUAACAUCGAAUCAAUCAUCAUCAUCAUCACAAUCACAAUCGCCUAAUCCUCAACAAUUUUCAUUAUCACAAGAACAGAUAACACAGUCAGAAAAGAAAGUACAGAAGUCAGUUCAACCAUUAGACGUUCAAGGGUAGUAAUGACACGAACAACUCUUGGGGGACUCAUCGAUGAGUUUAUCUCUUGCUGUUUAUUAAUGGGAAGGGCGUGAGAUUUGGGUAUUUUACUUUACUUCAUCUGCUUUCUUUUACCUUUUGCUUUUUACUCCGGUAUUCAGGAUGAGAGGUUCCGUAAGCUUUUUGGGAAAAGGGGUUGUUAUAGGAUCGAGUGGGCACUGGAGGGGUUUAGUGCAUAGGCGGACGGAGAAAAGGGGUGCGUUUGUGCCAAGCACGGCACAUACGUAGGGGAAAAGCUACGUGGGAGGAAGGAGAUCCAUUAGCGAGGAGAGAACAACACCAUUUCUUUUGUCGUCGUUGUUUUAAUGAAAAAUGAUCAAUACUGCUUCUUGAAGAACUUAAGUAGUUGUUGUCAGAUCCCGAAAUUUUGCGAUAAUGAUUAAGUGAUGACACAGCAAACGAUUAACGUGGUUUAUCAUCGAGUGGCCCA